GCUACUACCACACUAGGUCCCCUCUCAUCUCCACCAUCAUCUCUAACCUCUCAGAGAUCAAGCAGAAGCCAGCUGCGACCUGCGAGCAAUGGGGCACCAGCACCAGAUGUUCAACGACCCCUUCGCGAGCAGCAUGUCGUCACUGGAGGAAGACAUGUUCUCCGGUGCCGGAGGCUACCACCACCUCACGCCGUCCAUGCAGUGGCCGGGCUUGGAUAACGACAUACCGUCGGCGCCGGCUGCCAACAACGCCACCUCCUCCGGUGGCUCUGGAUCACACCGCAAGAUGAGUCACAACGCGUACGAACGUGACCGCCGCAAGCAGCUCAACGAGCAAUAUUCCUCCCUCCGCUCCCUCCUCCCCGACGAUGAUCACACCAAGAAGAUGAGCAUUCCGACCACGGUGUCGCGGGUGAUCAACUACAUCCCGGAGCUGCAGAAGGAGGUAGACCGCCUGGAGAAGAAGAAGGAGGAGCUGAGGCGGGGCAGCUGCGAGCAAGGCGCCAUGAGGCAGAACACGGCCCCGAUCGUGUCCGCCACCUGCCUCGACGACAGGGAGAUCAUGGUCCAGGUCAGCCUGGUGAGCACCAUGGCGGGAGCUCUGCCCAUGUCCAAGUGCAUCAAGGUGCUGGAGAACCAAGGCCUUCGCCUCAUAAAUUCCUCGACUUCCGCGUUUCAGAACAGGACGUUCUACAGCCUCCAUCUUCAGAGAACCCAACGGACAAUGAGCAAGGAGGGCCAAACAUUUUGUAACGAAUUGGAGAACGCUGUGAAGCAAAAGGCGGGACUACAUCUACAUCAUUAGUAGAUUAUAACAUAAUAAUGGUGCAUGUCAUCAUACAUAACGACCAUGAAUCAAAAUGCAUGCCAUAGAUAUAGGACAAAUAAUCUAAGAUAAAUAGUACUGAUGCAUGCAUGACAAUAUAAUACAGUGUGUUCCAUAUAGCUAAUAUAGUGUAUACAUUUCUUGUCCUAUAUUUUCCUCUUCAUCAUGUACUCUGGCAUGUGCACAACUUCGGGGUGAGUAUAAUUAGUACCCAUGAAACAAUGGAGAAAAUAAAUAUAGAGAUGGCCGCGAAGCAGUGGCAUGCAUAAAAGACAGGCCAUUGUCGAUGUAAUUCUUCGUAUAAAUGAAUAUAUAAUGAUGUUACAA